AUGCUACGACUAGGGAAUUUAGUUAGCCGGGACAAGUUUUUUGGCAUUGUUCUUAAUCGGUAUGCACUGCUUGCACAUCCAUGUCGCCAGUUAUUUAUACCUAGUUCAAAAAUCAAACGACAACAAAAGCUAUCAGAUGGUAAAGGAAACCUAAAGAACAAACGGAAAGCUGCAGGCGAGAAACUGCGCUUGCGAUCUAAACAGGGGAAUGUGCCAACGAGUGCACCAGCGGAUCUCAGCAGCCUUCGAAGUUUGUCUCAAGAAUUAUCCAGCUACAUUCGAUAUAAUUCCAAUCCAGACACGGACACAGCUGAAUUUGAUCAUGAUUUGGCAUUUAACCAAAUAUAUGAAGAAAUAUCUAGCAUCCAGACACCUCAGCAACCACAAUUACAAGCUUUGCCACAUGAUAUAAAGUUGGAACUUCCCGAAGAAAUCAGAGAUAGGUUGGGUUUAAUUAUUGAUUUUCUGCUGUUUGAUGGUCGAGCGGAUCUGUAUGAUUGGAACAUGGUUUUAUCUCAACUAUCUCAAAGCGGUGGCUUUACUAAUCUUAAUGUGACCUCGAUUAACAAUUUCAUAAAGCUAAUACCACUGAAGCAAUUAGUCGACUUAAUUCCUGUUAUCGAGCAGAUGUUCAGAGAAGCAGACCUUGAGGUGCCAUACAAGACAGAGUGGAGAUUCUUUAAAGCUUUAUGUGUUGGUAGUAAGUUACCUGAUUCGCAAAUUGAGCGAUUGGAGUAUUAUUUCAACAAGUUUCUACAAGAAAAAGGUGAUAAAAUAGAUUUCUUUGAAACAAUGACAUUUGCAUAUGUAAAAAACUAUAAUAUGCGCAAAGUUGAAGCAUUAUUGAAAGAGAUGCAAUCUAAAGAGAUGGUGAUUAGUAACCAGAUUUUCAAAGCGAUACUUCGAGGAUAUAUCCAUUACGAGAAGAACUUUCAAAAGGCAUUGGAGACUUUUGAUGGGAUGAAGUUUUUAUCUGAAAAGACUCAACCCGAUUCACGGGAUUAUGAAGAAAUCAUUAAAGCAUGUGUUCUGGAGGGUCAACUAGAAAAAGGCAUGGACUUUUACCAAGAAGCGCUAGACAAAAAACUAGGUGUGGAACAAGGAGUUUUUGUUGCAUUGGCAAGAGGAUGCUCGAUAAGCAAAAAAUACUCGUCCAAGUCUUGGGAGUUUCUAUUCAAAAUUUAUGAUCAUGGUUGGAAACCAGAUUUGGCCACUUAUGAAGCAAUGUUGUUUAUAUUUGCACAAGAAGGCGAGGUGAACUUAACAAGAGCACUCUUUUAUAAAAUGUUGCAGACCGGUUCAGUCACUCCCAAAGCUUUAUCCUAUUUGAUGAAAUCGUAUUCUAGGUAUAACUCAGCUGUCACAGGAACAAAACUGAAGUUGAAUACUGGGGGUGAAAGAGACAGGUUUUUUCGCAGAAACAUUCUUGAGAGUGUUGAUUUUCAACAGGGAACAGUUGAUGAGUUCCCGUUUUUACCUUUGAAAAAUUUGAGUAGCAAGGAAUUGGUAUUUGCAGAGGCUCAGGCAGUAUGGAAGUAUAUCUCUACCCAUAAGCCCGAUUUUGCGUCUCCAUACUUUGUUUCUUCGUUCUUGAGUACGGCAUUAAACCAUGCAAGCUCCUUGAAUGAAUUUUCCAAUAAAUUCGAGGAAUGUACAUAUUUGGAUACAACUGGGUUAAGAACCAGACAAGUUGUGGAUGAUAGCAGCAGCAGCAGCAGCAGUAGUAUUGAGGAGGGUCCUUUUGAGAAGGGCAACCAGGAAGUGAGCUCACCUGCUCAUAUUUCAGCACUUUCAGACACUACUCAACAACAACAACAACAACCACAUAACUUUGUCAAAAUUCCUAGAAAUACUGCGCUGUAUUUGAUAGCAUUGAGAGCAGCAGUAAAGCACAAGGAUUAUGAAUUUGCUAAAAGCAUACUUGAGGAAAGAGGUACUUACCGAAAAACUAGCCAAUUUCAAGAGUUACCGGCAGAGGAACGGAAGAAAUUGGACUUUCAAUUUGCUUGUGCUAUGGUUGACUGUUUCACAAAAUUGGGAAUUCUACAUGAUGCUCUAGCGAUAGCAUUGCUGUCGGAGGGAACCUUUAAUUGGACCAUGAAGGAGUUGAGGAAACUAAUGAAGGCAACUUUAGUUCUUGGUGAUCGUAAGACUGAAGACGCUAUAAAGGGUAUAGUUGCACGUACAAGAGCUCGUACUGGAAGUGGGAUCAUGAAAGAUGACUAUUUGAAAGCUCAAGCAAAAUUAAAUCGUGGUGUUGUUUAUGCCCACUAG